AUGAGACCGCUUACCGAGGAAGAAACCAAGGUGGUUUUCGAGAAACUGGCCAGUUAUAUUGGCCGUAAUAUUGCAUACUUGGUUGACAACAAAGAAGACCCUCAUGUUUUCAGAUUACAGAAAGACAGAGUGUACUAUGUUAGCGAUCGCAUAGCCAAGGUUGCCACUUCCGUUGCUAGACCAAACCUCAUGUCAUUGGGAGUGUGUUUUGGAAAGUUCACGAAGACAGGAAAGUUCAGAUUGCAUGUUACCUCUCUCAAAUAUCUUGCACAGUACGCUAAAUUCAAGGUCUGGAUCAAGCAGAACGGAGAAAUGCCUUUCUUGUACGGAAACCACGUCCUUAAAGCACACGUCGGGAAGAUGAGCGAGGAUAUUCCUGAACAUGCAGGUGUGGUUGUCUUUUCUAUGGCAGAUGUGCCGCUCGGGUUCGGUGUCAGUGCCAAGUCAACAAUCGAAGCUAAAAAUUUGCAACCAACGGGAAUAGUUGUUUUCCGUCAAGCAGACAUUGGAGAAUAUCUCAGAGAUGAAGAUACGCUAUUUACAUAG